CUUGCAGAACAGAAAUAAGGGGGGAAGGAAACAAGAUGGGUGAAUGCCGGCCAAGUCCAUCCAGGAGGCCUAGAAACCGUCGGGGGAUGAUGCGCUCAUCCUCCACAGGAACUGGAUUGGGCGCAGAGUAUGCUCCUUCUGCAACGAGUCAGUUCGUUGCGACGUCUCCCACCAACCGCAGCAGGAGAUUGGAACUGGGGUCUGUUGCUACUUCGAAAAGUGGAGAGUCCUUGGAUGAUAUUGGUGUUUCUGGAGUCAAACCGAGAGUCCACUUUGCACGUAGCUCCAAUGUUACCCAUGAAACUGAUACAACUGGAAUUAGUGGAAAGAGAAGUGGUCGGAGAAGACGUCUUUCUGUCACUGAUGCUGGGCAGCUUGCUAGCCAGGCCACUAAAAAAUUUGGCGCAACUGUGGAAAAGGCCGGAGGUCUUGCGGCCAAAUUGAAAAGGGGGGCUCUUUCCAACUUUGCCUUGAAGAAGAUUAGCUACGACAAUGGAGCUGCGUGGAAUGCUAGGCUGGCAUCACCGUUAGUGCAUGUGAACAUACAAGUAUCUUGCCGCAACUUGCCUCAUCGGACAACGAGACAAGUCAAUGCGUUUGCAGUGAUCUGGAAAUGUCCCAAUGGGUACACGGGGCAUCUGGACAAGGCCAAAGGUGGUCGGAUGUGUCCACUACCAAGGAAUCUGGAACAUGAAAUUGGACGCACUGAAGUGGUCCGCAAUUCACAGAAUCCCAUCUUUCUGGAAACGUUCAAAGUGCAGUAUAAAUUUGAAGAGCAGCAGACAUUUCUGAUUCGCAUCUAUGACGAAGAUUUGGGGUAUACUUCUGAUUUGAAAGAGCAUGACUUUCUGGGCGGCUACGUUUUCACGCUAGGGUCACUGAUGGGCCACCCACAACACAAGAUUUUCACAACCUCGUUGGAUCCAGAAAACCCAGACGCUUGCUUGAUACUGCAAGGAAGGGAGCUGGAUACUGCCAGAAAGUUUCUCGAGUUUCGAUUCACUGGCUACGGUCUCUCCACAUCUUCUGAAUCGGUGUUGAAAACGACUGAUCCAUUCUUCAUGUUAGAAACGUGGGAUGAGGAUGACGGCGAGUGGCAUCCAUUGUGGAAGUCGGAGGUUAUCUUUCAUGAACACAACCCCAAGUGGGCAACUGCCAGUCUGUCCCUCCUGGCUCUGUGUGGAGGGAACUUGGAUGAAAAUCUACGCAUUACUUUCUGGUCGUCGGGAAGACACCACGCUGAUGAAUAUUUGGGAUUCGUUGAUACAACCGUUAGGGAUCUUGGGAUAGACACACCAGAUGCAGAAGAAGGCGUCGCAUUCCCAAUCAAGAUUCGCAAGAAAGUCUUCUUUGGUGCCGGUAGUAGGCUACAAAAGGCUGGUACAGUACAUGUUGUGAAAGCAAGCAUUGUUGACAAGCCAACUUUCCUACAAUACAUCCAUUGCGGCUGGGAGAUAAAUCUGGUCGUGGCAGUUGACUGCGCAGCCUCGCUAAGCCACAACAAAGAAAAUGCUUCCAACCAAUUUCAAAAUGGAGCCUCGAAAAACAAAUAUCAAAGGGCCCUCGACGAGAUCGGGACGCUGAUGGAGCCAUAUUCUCGGAGCCAGUACUUUCGAAUGUGGGGCUUCAAUGCUCAGGUAUCAAUGGACGACAACGACAACGUCUUUGUGAUGAAUGACAAGGUGGCCGGGAGCAAGGGGCUUGUAAGGACAUACAGCAAGUAUUUUUUGGAAGGCAAUCGUUUCAUCUCCAGACACAAGGCAUCGCACGUGGCCCCUCUCAUUACCAAAGCAAUUUUCCAGGCCAUUGAGGAAAAAGAGAAGCGCGGUAGUUACACUCUCUUGUGUAUCUUGACAUCUGGGCAUGUCACCGACUUGGAGGCGACGGUGGAUGCAGUCCACCGCGCAGCCACAGAUGCGCCAAUCUCGAUUGCCUUUAUUGGAUGUGAAGACGACAAUAAUCUCGACAAAACACAGCAAUACUUUGACAAAACCAAGGUCCAGCGGUCCAUUAGUGGAAUUCGAAUAUCACGGGAUGUCGCGGCGUUUACCUCGUUUGCCGAGUUUGGCAAUGACGCAUCACAUGUCAUUGCGGAAGGAUUGCGGGAGCUCCCCGAACAAAUGAUACAACGUUUCUUCCAAUCUGGAAUCGACCCAUCCAAGCCAGUUGCCAAGAUCGAUCGAUCCCUGAAUGUCCACAAAGAACGGAAAAAGGAUCCUUCUCAUCACCAUCGAACAAAGCACAAGUCUCCCCCACACCGGCAGCGACAUGCAAGUCCACAUCACGACAAACAAGGAAGCCCUCGCCGUGGUGACAGGCAGAGCCCACGCAGAAGAAACAGCGGGACGCACAAGAAGGAAACUAAAAGCUCAGACAGAGAGCGCAGGAGGCGGCGACGAAGCUCUGCUUAGCCAAUUUGCCUGGAUUUAGGAUGCAUUGCCACAUGUCAUACACUGUCAUUUGGUAGAUCCCGUGGGUCAAACUUGUCUACAAGAUUCUCAAAGCGAGGUCCUGCCAGUGGCACUACCCAGGGUUGCUAGCCAGCUUCUGUAACAAUACUAACUCAUAUGUCCCCAUAUUUCAAUGGCAUCUGCUAGGAUGACGCCUAAAGGCUACCGUUACCGGUACCGGAACUGAAACAAGGUUAACAACAGUGCGUACCGGUACCUCUCGUGUAUCUGCAGGCCCCUCUACUCCAGGACGCGUUCUAUGAAUAUCAAUAGACGCAACACCAGGAUCAACUCUAGGCCCCCACAUCUCCCGACAGGCUACACUCCAGGCUCUACUACGACAAAACAAACACACAAGGAUCUAUCCUGGGUUCCCAUACUGAACCAACCCGCGGUCCAGGGCUGGCACAAUGGUAGACUCUGAGCCCCUCCCGAAGCCCUUCUCCAUGCCUCCCUACCGGCACUGGAUCCGCUCUCCAGAGGCCAACAACUAGGAUCCACUCCAGGCCCAAACAGGGACAAGGAACUUGUUCUCUACUGAAUGAUGAAUCGUUGAGAAUCGUUGGAGCAUCGUCCAAGCGAAGGAUCUAUUGUCGAGGAAGACCAACGACACACUGAUACGCCUCUUUGACAACUUCCUCUGUGUACAUUGCAAGUAACCUCAGUUUCCUUUUCAACCUUUUUGCAAGCACUUUUGCUACUUUUGUGGUAAUGUGCGUACGGCAGCUUCACUUUCUCACUGGACAACCACCAGCGCACCACCACCCACCGCCGACAGCACGAUAUUUAUAAAUGUGCCCAUCAUGGUCCACCGUGCAUCCUCCUCCAAUCGUAGCAUGCCAGCAAAGAGUGCCACAACAUGACUGGUGAGGAUUACCUUUUGCUGUGGCACUUGUCCAAACAAGAGUGCAAACAGAAAGAUGAGUGGAACCAUCGUUUGAUCUAGAAUUGUCAAACUAGCAAUAGUCUCCGCCAUGCGCUGCUGGUCGUGGGUUUCCAUCCG